UUUUAAUUCAAGAAUCAGAAUCUUUCAGAAAGAAUCUUGAAGAAUCUCUACAUGAUAAGGAAAGAUUAGCAGAAGAAAUAGAAAAGCUGAGAUCUGAACUUGAUCAAUUGAAAAUGAGAACUGGCUCUUUAAUUGAACCCACAAUAUCAAGAACUCAUCUGGACACCUCAGCUGAGUUGCGGUAUUCAGUGGGAUCCCUAGUGGACAGCCAGUCUGAUUAUAGAACAACUAAAGUAAUAAGAAGACCAAGGAGAGGCCGCAUGGGUGUUCGAAGAGAUGAGCCAAAGGUAAAAUCUCUUGGAGAUCAUGAGUGGAAUAGAACUCAACAAAUUGGAGUACUAAGCAGCCACCCUUUUGAAAGUGACACUGAAAUGUCUGAUAUUGAUGAUGAUGACAGAGAAACAAUUUUUAGUUCAAUGGAUCUUCUCUCUCCAAGUGGUCAUUCUGAUGCCCAGACUCUGGCCAUGAUGCUUCAGGAACAAUUGGAUGCCAUCAACAAAGAAAUCAGGCUCAUUCAGGAAGAAAAAGAAUCAACAGAGUUGCGUGCUGAAGAAAUUGAGAAUAGAGUGGCUAGUGUGAGCUUGGAAGGUCUGAAUUUGGCGAGGGUACACCCAGGUACCUCCAUUACUGCCUCCGUUACAGCUUCAUCGCUGGCCAGUUCAUCUCCCCCCAGUGGACACUCAACGCCAAAACUCACCCCGCGAAGCCCUGCCAGGGAAAUGGAUCGAAUGGGAGUCAUGACACUGCCAAGCGAUCUAAGGAAACAUCGGAGAAAGAUUGCAGUGGUGGAAGAAGACGGUCGGGAGGAUAAAGCAACCAUUAAAUGUGAAACUUCUCCUCCUCCCACCCCUAGAGCCAUCAGAAUGACUCACACUCUCCCUUCUUCCUACCACAAUGAUGCCCGAAGUAGUUUAUCUGCCUCUCUUGAGCCAGACAGCCUUGGGCUUGGUAGUGCCAACAGCAGCCAAGAUUCUCUUCAUAAAGCCCCCAAAAAGAAAGGAAUCAAGUCUUCAAUAGGACGUUUGUUUGGUAAAAAAGAAAAAGCUCGACUUGGGCAACUCCGGGGUUUCAUGGAGACAGAAGCUGCUGCUCAGGAGUCCUUGGGCUUAGGCAAACUGGGAACGCAAGCUGAAAAAGACAGAAGACUGAAAAAAAACACAUCUGGGCAUGAACUUCUUGAAGAAGCUCGGAGGAAGGGACUACCUUUUGCCCAGUGGGAUGGGCCCACUGUGGUCGCAUGGCUAGAGCUUUGGUUGGGAAUGCCUGCUUGGUAUGUGGCAGCCUGCCGAGCCAACGUGAAGAGUGGUGCCAUUAUGUCUGCUUUAUCUGACACUGAGAUCCAGAGAGAAAUUGGGAUCAGUAAUCCACUGCAUCGCCUAAAACUCCGAUUAGCAAUCCAGGAAAUGGUUUCCCUAACAAGCCCUUCAGCUCCUCCAACAUCCCGAACUCCUUCAGGCAACGUUUGGGUGACUCACGAAGAAAUGGAAAAUCUUGCAGCUCCAGCAAAAACGAAAGAAUCUGAGGAAGGAAGCUGGGCCCAGACCCUGGCUUAUGGAGAUAUGAACCACGAGUGGAUUGGAAAUGAAUGGCUUCCCAGCUUGGGAUUACCUCAGUACAGAAGCUACUUUAUGGAAUGCUUGGUAGAUGCAAGAAUGUUAGAUCAUCUAACAAAAAAAGAUCUCCGUGUGCAUUUAAAAAUGGUGGAUAGUUUCCAUCGAACAAGUUUACAGUAUGGAAUUAUGUGCUUAAAGAGGUUGAAUUAUGAUAGAAAAGAACUAGAAAGAAGAAGGGAAGCAAGCCAACAUGAAAUAAAAGAUGUGUUGGUGUGGAGCAAUGAUCGAGUUAUUCGCUGGAUACAAGCGAUUGGACUUCGAGAAUAUGCAAAUAAUAUUCUUGAGAGCGGUGUGCAUGGCUCACUGAUAGCCUUGGAUGAGAACUUUGACUACAGCAGCUUAGCUUUAUUAUUACAGAUUCCGACACAGAACACCCAGGCAAGGCAGAUUCUUGAAAGGGAAUACAAUAACCUCUUGGCCCUGGGAACUGAAAGGCGACUGGAUGAAAGUGAUGACAAGAACUUUCGACGUGGCUCAACCUGGAGAAGGCAGUUUCCUCCUCGUGAAGUACAUGGAAUCAGCAUGAUGCCUGGGUCCUCAGAAACACUACCAGCUGGAUUUAGGUUAACCACAACAUCUGGGCAGUCAAGGAAAAUGACAACGGAUGUUGCUUCAUCAAGACUGCAGAGGUUAGACAACUCCACUGUUCGCACAUACUCAUGUUGACAAGCCACUCAAAGGAGGCAGCACUGACCUGCUAUGUCGUCUUUUCAGUCUACUCUACCUAAAGUGCACUACCAUCUAAGACGAGCAAAGAGAACCUUUGUGAAGACUGAAUUAUAAGAAAUAAUGACAAGUAAUGAUUUAUUAAAAGCUGAAAAAUGUGAUUUUGGGGGGGGAGUCAGAUAUUAAGUUUGAUUAGUUUACUAAAAUUGUAAUACAAUACUUAAGUCAUUUGAAUAAUACUUAUCAUCCACAUCAUAAAUUCUGUACAACAGAUGCUUUUAUGAAAAGGAGCCACUUGUUUUUUCAUGUUUUAUUGUAAUAUACUAGGCAUUUAUGUAUUACUGUGUAUUUCUUUUUAAAUGUGUAAGUCUUAUGUAAAUGGAUAUAAAUAUGAUUUUUUAAAAAAUAAAAUAUAUGGUUCAUGGAGUCUCGAGUGCAAACAUUUGACAAUUCCAAAUACUGUUUGUAUUUUACCAUUCCACCAUUUUUACAGUUUUUGAAUUGUAUCAGUCAAAUCAAUAUGUUUCCUUGAAGCAUGUUUCAUGUUUCAACAUGUUUCUCUUUCAAGUCUGUCAAUACUUAAAGCUGAACAACCUGCCUCUGAUCAUGUAAAAAAAGAAUGAUUUAACCUGGAACUGGAGCCAAAAAUAGACCUUUAAAGGCAAUCAGGGAUGUCCUAUAACUUUAGAAAUAGCACUGUGAUGGCUCGAUCUCCUUUUCAAUACAAAACAAAGCCAAACUGUUUACAAGAGUCAAAAGCAAUUAUUUAAAAAUUUAUAUGAAGGAAAACCAUUAUCUUCUCUUGUUACCUGUGGACCAAGAAAAAAAAAAAAAAAAACUUUACUAAGAAACACAUGUUCAUUCAAGUAUCUUGAACCGCCAGCCAGUACUGAACAGUGAAUGUGAACCACUGCAGAGCCUGAGGCUCAUUUCCACCGGAAAAAAACAAAACCCCAGAAACCCUUCCCUUUUGUUAAUGUAACAGGGCAUUAGCCAGACUCAUGUCUAAUGUUAUAAGCUUUUAGCCGAGAUGGCCUUGUUGCGACUUCCCUGAAGUCAGUUUUAUCAGAGGAAAUAAAUGAAAGACAGAAUGACUAACAUAUAUAGUGUAUAAAAGUAUAGAAGAGUAAUCUCUUCCCUGUGGCUUUAUUUGGUGGUGUUACUGUUGUUUAUUCUCUGUUUAUAUGGGAGAUUCAAAGUAAAACCUAUUUAAUAAUACCAUUUAUCUAACUGCUGAUUUUCUGCUGCUUGAUCUUAUUAAGCGCAAGACCUGUCAUUAGUAAUUUUAAUUUGUAUUUUAAUUUGCUGUGUUUGCACGUACAUUACAUUUGUUUUGAUGUCUAUUUUUGUUUAACAAAUUCAGUCAAAAGGUAAUGGUAACAGAAACCCUCUCCAUUGUCAAUAAAAACAAUACUUCCAGU